UACAGCUCCAAGCUCCAAAGCCCGCCCGAGCAGUCGUCUCUACCCGCCCUAACUCGCCGCCUGGUUCCGUGGCUCGCCGUCGACUCUACCCGCCCUGCCCUGCCCUGCGAAACCACGCCCAGCCGGCAGCCCGCAGCCGCCCAGACCGCACUCGGCAGUCGACGCCCGGCGCCCGUCGUCGCGCACCCGCAGAAGGCACGCAGCCAGCCGCCCAGCCCGAUUUGAGGGUGGACCACCCUGUUUCAAAAUCAUAGAUCCGCCACUGCUGAGGCCCUACACUUCCUCCUCCCCGUCGCCGGCGCAGAAAAAAAAUCCGGCGAGCUAGCACUGCAUGCCUGCCGUGGCGAGCUUCAGGGCCCGGGCGUCUGCGCCAGCACCAGAGAUGCCGUCCUUCUCUUCUGGCGCUUCUCCGCAGAAGCAGCAGCAUAACGCGCGGAGGAAGCAGCUGAUUCGUCAGCAGAGGAAGUCGCUUCCCAUCGCGUCAGUGGAGAAAAGACUUGUGGAUGAGGUGAGGAAGAAUGACACGCUGAUUGUUGUCGGCGAGACCGGUAGUGGCAAAACGACUCAAUUGCCACAGUUUUUGUAUGAUGGUGGGUUUUGUCAGGAUGGAAAAGUCAUUGGCAUCACUCAGCCUCGAAGAGUUGCAGCUGUGACAGUAGCAAAGCGUGUCGCCGAGGAAUGCAAUGAUCAGUUGGGCAGAAAGGUUGGAUACUCUAUAAGAUUUGAUGAUUCCACAUCUAAUGCAACAAGGAUUAAGUACAUGACCGAUGGUUUGCUUCUAAGGGAAGCCCUUUUGGAUCCACUCUUGUCUAAGUAUAGUGUUAUAGUUGUUGACGAGGCCCACGAAAGAACCGUCCAUACAGAUGUAUUGCUGGGUUUGUUGAAAAAAGUGCAGCAUUCCCGAUGUCUUCAUGCGAAUAAAAAUGGAAAGAUUUCUGACAGACCAGAUCACUCUCAAUCUUCUACCCUGAAGGCAUGCCAGGGAAUAAAGAUUGCACCUCUAAAACUGAUUAUUAUGUCUGCUAGUCUGGAUGCCAAGUGUUUUUCUGAUUAUUUUGGUGGCGCUAAAGCUGUACAUAUUCAAGGACGGCAAUACCCCGUGGACACACUGUAUACUUAUCAGCCUGAGUCGGAUUAUCUAGAUGCUACACUAGUUACGAUCUUUCAGAUCCAUUUGGAGGAAGGACCUGGAGACAUUCUUGCAUUUUUAACUGGUCAAGAGGAGAUUGAAUCACUAGAGAGGCUUAUUCAAGAGCGUGCUCGUCAACUUCCAGCAGAUAGUAGCAAGAUAUGGAUUACACCUAUCUACUCAUCUCUUCCAUCAGAACAGCAAAUGAAUGCAUUUAAGCCAGCACCAUCUGGAGCCCGGAAGGUAGUUCUAGCAACGAAUAUUGCAGAGACUUCUGUAACGAUACCUGGUAUUAAAUAUGUUAUUGAUCCUGGUAUGGUCAAAGCACGCGCCUACAAUCCUGUAACUGGAAUGGAGUCCCUAAUCAUCAUCCCUGUCUCUAAAGCACAGGCUCUUCAAAGGAGUGGCCGUGCUGGACGUGAGGGGCCAGGGAAGUGCUUUCGGUUGUUCCAAGAAUGCGAGUUUGAUAAACUGGCGGAAUCGACUAUUCCUGAGAUUAAACGAUGUAACCUCGCAAAUGUUGUACUACAGCUCAAAGCUCUUGGGAUUGAUGACAUCAUAGGUUUCGAUUUUAUGGAGAAACCAUCAAGGACGUCCAUUUUGAAAUCAUUGGAGCAAUUGAUUUUACUAGGAGCUUUGACUGAUGAUUAUAAGCUGUCAGAUCCAGUGGGUAAACAGAUGGCUAGGCUGCCUUUAGAUCCCAUGUACUCCAAGGCAUUGAUAGUGUCGAACGAAUUCAAGUGCUUGGAAGAAAUGUUGAUUGUUGUUUCUAUGCUUUCAGUGGAGUCAAUUUUCUUCACCCCUCGUGAGAAGUUGGAAGAGGCAAGAGCUGCUAGGAAGAGUUUUGAAAGCUCUGAAGGAGACCAUAUAACUUUGGUGAAUGUAUAUCGAGCUGCCGCAGAAUGCUUGGAAAAGAGCAAAAAUGCAAAUGCCAAAGAAAAGACAAUGGAAAAGGCUUUGAACAGAUGGUGCUUCGAAAACUUCAUCAAUUAUCGGUCUUUAAGACAUGCUCGUGAUGUUCACAGCCAAAUUCAGGGCCAUGUCCAACAAAUGGGGCUUAACCUGUCAUCGUGCGGCGACGACAUGGUUCAGUUCAGGAGGUGCCUCACCGCCGCCUUCUUCCUGAACGCGGCGAUGCGGCAGCCAGAUGGGUCAUUCAGGGCGCUGGCGACGGGGCAGAGCGUGCAGAUGCACCCUUCGUCGGUGCUGUUCCGGACCAAGCCGGACUGCGUCAUCUUCAACGAGCUGGUCCGGACGACGCAGAACUAUGUCAAGAACCUCACCCGCAUCGACCCGCUGUGGCUGGCCGAGCUCGCCCCGCAGUACUACGCCACAGAAGACUAGUUUUUUUCUUCUUCCUUUUGAUCAACUCAAAAUAGCCGUAGUUCCUUGUAACGACAAUGCCGUGGCAUGUCUUUUUUUUUUUCGUGGCCGUGGCAUUUGGUUAGCGCAGUGGCAUCCUGACGGUAACGCAUGGACGGAAUGCCAAAUGAUGUCGAUGCCGAUGCCAGGCCGCUGUAAGGUGGGGAGAAGAAUCUUACUACGACAUGUAUUUUAUUGUCUUUGCAGUUUAUCAUCCAAACUGGUUUGUUUGACCGUGAGUCACCACGUUAA